AUGACAAACCCACAAGACAAUCCUGGAACUCCUCCACCACCCACUCCCUCUAACUCAUCUACCUCUCCUCCACCUAGCACAUCUCCCAAACCCAGGCUGAGAAGGGUAAAAAUGCUUGCUCAGAACACAGUAGCUUCUGGGGCUCUCUCAAAGAAAUUAAAUGAGAAAUUAAAGGCAAGCCAGGUCCACGACUCUGACUCCACCUCUGAUUUUGACUCAUACAAAUCGGCUAAAAUUGUAGAAGAGAGUGGCAAGAAGUCAGGGGGAAGUGGUUCUGGUGAAGCUGCUGAAGGGUUAGUUAAUCUAAGUGUACAAGGAGAUGAACCUGGUUCAUCAACUGAAGAGACCCUGGCAGACUUGUUGAAAAAGGUUGGGGGAAGAGCCACAAGAAGCAGGGUGAAACAGAGUGAGAGUGAUCUACAAAAAGCUCUAGCUGAGAGUAAGAAGAAAAGGAUGGCUAAAGGAAAAGGGAAGGUGGCAGAGUCCUCAGAGGUUGUGGAAGUUGAGGAGAUGGAACAGGUCCAUCAAGAGGAAGUUCCAACAGUGGAGGACCUGGUGGAACCAGGAAUUAUGAGACCGGUGGAUGCCUUAGCUGCUCAGGGGUGGAAGGACAUGGUCCUUCAGAUGGAUGGAAGGCUAGCCAGGAAUGAGAUAAUUGAGUUCAUGGCAAAUGCUGAGGUUAAGGAUGGCAAGGAGAUUCUGUGA